CCGGCAGCCCGUGGCCGCGCGCCGCCGUUUUUGCUGCGGCCCCGACGCCCGCGGCCGGCACUUCUGUGGGCGAGUGUCCCGGACAGCUCCUGGCGAGGAUACUGGGAGAGCCACUCACCGAAAGGUUUGAAGCUGAGGAGAGCGCUUUAUUGGGAGUGCUGCAUCAAAGUGUGGAAAGGGGGCCCUUUUCCUUACAGUCACCAGGGAUCUUGGAAAAGUUGCAGGUGACCAUGGAGGCUGGCAUCCUCCCCCUGGAGCUGUGGCGCAUGAUCUUAGCCUACCUGCCCCUUCCCGACCUGGGCCGUUGCAGCCUAGUGUGCAGGGCCUGGUAUGAACUGAUCCUCAGUCUUGAUAGGACUCGCUGGCGGCAGCUGUAUCUGGGCUACACCGAGUGCCGCCACCCCAACUGGCCCAACCAGCCUGAUGUGGAACCUGAGUCUUGGAGGGAGGCCUUCAAGCAGCAUUACCUUGCCUCCAAGAUGUGGACCAAGAAUGCCGCGAUCUUGGAGACCUCUGUCUGCUUUUCUCUAUUUCGCCGGAGGAGGACACGUCGUACCCUGAGUGUCGGGCCAGGCCAUGAGUUUCACAGCCUAGGCAGUGCCCUGGCCAUGUCCAGCCUAUUUGACCGAAUCCUGCUGUUCCCAGGUCUGCACGAAGAGCAAGGUGAAAUUAUCCUGAAGGUGCCCGUGGAGAUCGUAGGCCACGGGAAGUUGGGCGAAGUGGCCCUGCUAGCCAGCAUUGACCAGCAGUGCUCAACCACACGCCUGUGCAACCUUGUCUUCAUGCCAGCCUGGUUCUCACCCUUCAUGUUUAAGACAACUUCAGGUCACGUCCAGUUUGACAACUGCAACUUUGAGAAUGGACACAUCCAGGUCCAUGGCCCGGGCACCUGCCAAGUGAAGUUUUGCACCUUCAAAAACACCCAUGUCUUUCUGCACAAUGUGCCCCUGUGUGUCCUGGAAAACUGUGAAUUCGUGGGCAGUGAAAACAACUCUGUGACUGUUGAGGGCCACCCGUCCUCAGAAAACAACUGGGCCUACACGCAUCUCUUAGGGCUUAUCAGGUCCUCUCCUGGCGUGCUCCCGACAGAGGACUCUGACUCUUUAAUGUCCUUGGACCUGGAAAGCAGGGACCAGGCGUGGAGCCCAAGAACCUGUGGCAUUGUCAUUGAGGGUAGCCAGAGCCCUACCAGCCCAGCAACUGGCUCCCCCAAGGCUCGCUCACAGGAGGCAGAGGUGGGCAGUGAUGGGGAAAGGGUGGCCCGGACCCCAGACAGCAGCGAUGGAGGCCUGAGUCCCAGCGGUGAGGAUGAGGAUGAGGACCAGCUCACGUACAGACUGUCCUACCAAGUGCAGGGCCCGCGGCCGGUCCUGGGGGGCUCCUUUUUGGGCCCACCACUGCCGGGAGCAUCCAUCCAGCUGCCCAGCUGCCUGGUGCUGAACUCACUACACCAGGAGCUGCAGAAGGACAGGGAGGCCAUGGCGCUGGCCAGCUCUGUGCAGGGCUGCCUCAUCCGCAAGUGCCUGUUCCGGGACGGGAAGGGAGGCGUCUUCGUUUGCUCUUAUGGCCGAGCCAAGAUGGAAGGAAACAUCUUCCGGAACCUGACUUAUGCGGUGCGAUGUAUACAUAAUAGCAAGAUCAUCAUGCUCAGGAACCACAUUCACCACUGCAGAGCGUCAGGCAUCUUUCUUCGCUUGGAGGGCGGAGGCCUGAUCGCUGGCAACAACAUUUAUGACAACGCGGAGGCCGGCGUAGACAUCCGGAAAAAGUCCAACCCUCUCAUUCUGUGUAACCAGAUCCACCACGGCCUUCGCUCUGGCAUUGUUGUCCUUGGCAAUGGGAAAGGCAUCAUCCGGAACAAUCAAAUCUUUUCAAACAAGGAGGCUGGCAUUUACAUCCUGUACCACGGAAAUCCAGUUGUGAGCCGGAACCACAUUUUCAAGGGCAGUGCAGCCGGCAUAGCUGUGAAUGAGAAUGGCAGAGGCCUCAUCACAGAAAAUGUCAUCCGAGAGAAUCAGUGGGGAGGUGUGGACAUCCGCCGAGGAGGGGUCCCCAUCCUCAGGAGCAACCUCAUCUGCUUUGGCUAUUCCGAUGGUGUUGUUGUCGGGGAUGAAGGCAAAGGCCUGCUAGAAGGAAACACCAUCUACGCUAAUAAGGGCUGUGGUGUGUGGAUGAUGUCGUCCAGCCUGCCCCACGUCACCAGCAACCACGUCAGCUACAAUGGCCUGUAUGGAGUGGCAGUGUUCAGCCAGAAGGAUGGCUCCGGGGAGUCCCCUGGAGGCCACGGGGCCCAGGAGAACUUCGGCGAGGACGGGGACGCCACCCUCUGGGAGACGGAGCUGGAGAAGGAUGACGACCUGCUGCGCCGGCCCAUCACCGCAGCUCUGGUCGAGUCUAACACUGUUAAUCACAACGGAGCUUCAGGACUCUAUGUCCAGAGUAGUGAGGUGCUGCAUGUCAUCACCAACGUGAUCCAUGCUAACGGGGACAGAGGCAUCACUGUGGCCCAGAGCAGCCAGCUCACCCGUGUGACCAACAACAGCAUCUCCUGCAAUCACCAGAGUGGGGUCAAGGUCGAGGCCCAGUGCAAAGUGGAGUUCCGAGGCAAUGGUAUCUAUGACAACAGAGGCCAUGGCAUCAUCACCAAGGGUGACAGCACUGUCAUUGAAAACGACAUCAUUGGCAACCGGGGUAGCGGGCUGCAGCUGCUGCCCACGUCCGACACGAAGGUAAUAAAGAACCGGAUCCAUUCAUUCCGGGCCUACGGCAUUGCCGUGCAGGGCCGUGCCAAGGCUCUGCUGCAGGAGAACACCGUCUUCCAGGGCAAGACCAACAAGACCGUCUUUCAGCAGAUCUCAAACAACCAAGAAUGCAUCAUGCAGAACAACAAGUUCUUGGUCUUCAAGAAAAAGUCUGAUACGUGGCGCCUGGCGAACCCACCAGCACGGCCUCACCUUGAAAACUCUCUCCGAGGCCCCUCUGCUGCCCACAGUGGGCAGAAGGUGACAGCCAUGGCAACCAGGAUCACAGCCCAUGUGGAAGGUGGUUACCACAGCAAACGCAGCAUCUUCUGCACCAUCCUGUAAGAAUGGAGAGCCACGGAGUGGGGCAGCUGGGGGCUGUCCUCAGACUCCGAGAAGGAAGCACAUACCCUGCUCUCAGGCUCGGGCCCUGCCCAGCCAAGCUGAGAGGUUGUGGCCUUUGGGAUGGAAGAAUUAGUGCUUGUGAAGGCUCCUGGUCUCCUUAUCACCGCCCUGAAAAACAAGCUCCCAAGUCUUCUGGGGACUAAGAACAAGAGAGAGCUGGAUUCUGUCUUCCUUCCUCCACUGCCCCUGGCCCCCAGCACGAGCACCACACACCUCAGCUGCUCCCACUGCCUCAGAAGAACCUUGAAGAGCUGAGUCUGGGGGACUUCCCUGGUGGCAUAGUGGUUAAGAAUACACCUGCCAGUGCAGGGGACACUGGUUCGAUCCCUGGUCUGGGAAGAUCUGACAUGCCGCGGAGCAACUAAGCCUGUGUGCCACAACUACUGAGCCUGCGCUCUAGAGCCCGCAAGCCACAACUACUGAGCCCGCAUCCUGCAACUACUGAAGCCCGCACGCUCUAGGGCCCGCAUGCCGCAACUACUGAGCCUGCGUGCUGCAACUACUGAAGCCUGCACACCUAGAGCCUGUGCUCCGCAACAAGAGAAGUCACCGCAAUGAGAAGUCCACGCAUUGCAACGAAGAGUAGGCCCCUCUUGCUGCAACUAGAGAAAGCCCGCACACAGCAACGAAGACCCAACG